UGAUCAAGACAAUGAGAAAAUCGUACCUGAUGAAGAAGUGGAGAAACCAGAUGUAAACAAAAUAAGUGGCAUGGAAAAGAAUGAUAAUGGAGACCCUGACAAACCUGACGCAAAGGAACAGGAAACAUCUUCUAAGUCUACAUCUGAAGACAGAGUUAAAAAGAAGAAGAAAAAGAAGAAGACAAAAGGAAGGUCAGAGAAUGGACAGGCUGUUCAGGAUGAUAACAUAGAUGUAUUGCUGGAGAAUCUGGACCAGCCCAAUAGUCUGAGUUUGCAAAAUGAAGAUUGUGGAGGCUCUGAGAGAAGAUCUGUUUUACACGUGGAGCACAGGAAUCUCAACCCAGAGACGGAGCUAAAGAAAUAUUUUGGUGCUCGAGCUGUUGUUGGGGAUCAGAGACCUCGACAUAGAAACAGGCAGUUUCACCGUAGCACCUGGAUGACCAGUCCCAAGGAGAGCUGGCCUCGCUUCAGCCGAACAGACCUGAAAUAG